CCGUCCUGUUAUGGUUGGUUCUACUUCUCCGAAUGAUCCAAUGCAAACGUCGCAUACUCCGACAAGAAUGGAGGAAAUGGAAGGACAAACACCGUCUCAGUAUUUGGAUUGGGCUUCGGCGAAUGUGCCUGUUGCUGCUGAGGAGCGUUAA